AUGCUCCAGUCCCCAAGAGGUGCUGCUGCUGCUCUCACCUGGUUCCCCCUGGCCCUUGCAGGGGUGAUCCGGUACACGGCACUCUUCCUCGUGCUGCUGGGCACGUGGUUCAUCGUCCAGACGUACUUCGACCGGAGCUGGAAAACCAUCAGCCUGAGAAGCUGGCUCGGUGCCACGGACAAGCCCAGCAGCAAGCAGCCACCCCAGCACAAGUGUGGGAACCACAAGAGCUGCCGCCAGAACUACUUUGCCUUCAAGAUCAUCAGUGGUGCUGCAAACGUGGUGGGACCGUCCAUCUGCUUCGACGGCGCCAUCCUCAUGAGCAGUGUGAAAAACAACGUUGGCAGAGGCCUGAACAUUGCGCUGGUGAAUGGAACAAGUGGGCAGCUCCUGAGGACAGACACCUUCGACAUGUACUCCGGAGAUAUCAACAAACUGGAUACCUUCCUCCAACAGAUCAAGCACGGCACCAUCGUGUUGACAGCCAGCUACGAUGACGCUGCCACAAAGAUGAACAACAAAGUACGGGCACAUUUUGAAGAACUAGGAAGCAGCCACGUGAGCAAGCUGGGCUUCCGGGACAACUGGGUCUUCUUGGGAGCAAAAGGGCUGAAGAACAAGAGCCCAUUUGAAGAGCACAUCAAAAAUGAUAAGAAGACAAACAAAUAUGAUGGCUGGCCUGAGCUGCUGGAGAUGGAAGGCUGUGCCCCCAGGAAGAUGGACUAG